AUGUGGUCUGAGGCUUUACUUUUUACUGGUCAAGACAAAUACAGAUCAAAAACAAAAGAAGGUUCCGGUUGGAUGUCAAAAUUCCCGGACGACGUAGCCACAGCCGAGCGACUAACCAACGGGGACCCAGAAAUCCUGAACACCCCAAAAUUUUCCCCAGAAGAAAAACCCGACAUCUCAUACCUCUUCGGGGGCGAGAAAAAGCCUCCUAAGAAGAAAAAAGACAAAGAAGACCGCAAGUCCUUCGGGCCCUCCAACCCCCAGCGUAAAAUAACCCACCCGCGCUUCCGCGGAAGCAGCGACCACGAAGUUCGCAUCCGAACCAACCAAUACUCCGGCUCGAGCCUGCCUUCUACCCCAGAGAACACUAAUGUCCGCAACUACGACUGUCCCGUUUGCUCAUUCACCUCCACCCGGGUCAACGUUUUAAUAUCCCACGUCCGGAGCCACAAAUCUUCCGGGUACGAGAGUCCUCUUCGUCCUAGAGCUUCUUUGCCCCCCAAAGCUUCCAGGACUCACUCCGGAAAUUCUCUAGAGUCUCCCAAGCGCAAAUACGUUCGGAAGACCAAAAGCAUGUCCGCUAAAGCUUCUUCUAAUGACAAAUCCCCCGGAGAGACUAAUAAGCGUAAGUACAGUAAAAAUAUUGAUAAUAAAAUUGUUAAAAAGAAGAAAACUGAUCCUGAAUUACGGGAAAAAUUAUUAGCUGAUUGGGAUAUUGGGUCUAGUGAUGAAGAAAUUAAUACUGAAUCUUUUAAUUCUCCUAAAGAAGAGUUAGAAAAAUUAAAUGAAAAUAAUAAAGAAGAAUUAGAGACGGAAAAAUUAAAAGAAAAUAAUAAAGAAGAAUUAGAGCCAGAAAAAUUAAAAGAUAAUUUAACUGAGGCAGAAAAUGCUCCUAAAAAUAAUGAAAAUAAUUUAAUUAAAUUAAAUGAUAAGGAUGAAAAAUCUAAAUUUUCUUGCUUUGAUUUUGAUGAAGACGAACCUGAGCCACCUGUUACAAUACCUGUACGAAAACUCGGUCGUGUUUUUGGUGAAAAAACUUCUUUAAAGAAGGAAAUUAUUAAGGAGUUUAAUAAAAGUCAGGAGUUGGAAAAUAAAAGAGACGAAAUGAAUAAAUUAAAUGAUGAUAAUAAAUUAUUAGAAGAAAUGAAUAAAGAAGCUGAUGAUAUUGAUAAUUUAGUUGCUAAAAUAUCUAAAACAACUUCGUUAAAUUCUCCGAAAAAAAAAUUAGAAGAAGAAGAAGAAUUGAGUUUUAAAUCAGGAACUUCUGACACUUUAAUUUUAUCUAGAUCUGAGUCGGAUUUAAAGUCUGAAGCUUCUGGUUUAUCGGAAGGUCCUGAAUUAUUGGGAGCAGUAGCUUCAGAGUCUGAUAAUUUAUCCUCUAAAAAUGAUCAGGACCAAGAAAUUCCAAUGGAAGUUGAUAAUAAAGAAGAAGAGUUGGAAAUUCUUGAAAUUAUUGAAACAGAAGAAAUAGAGGCAGAAAAAUCUGCAGAAGAUGAAAAAGUUCCUUUAAAAAAUUCUCCUGAGCUAGAAAAAAAAUCUAAAAUUAUGCGCUACUCAGAUUUGGAGCGUGUAACGAUAGAAGAAGAAGAAACUCUACCAGUUAGGAGUACAAUUGGGCAGAAAUCGGGGAAUUUGAGUAUGGGCUGGUCGCAAUUGAACGAAAUAAUCGGAAGUUCUUUGGAAAAAAAUAGUGAGACUCCUGCUCCUGUUAAAAGAGGCAGAGGACGCCCUCCUAAAGCUAAGAAUUUAAAUUCUUUGGUUAAAGAGGAGGUUAAGGAGGUAGGUCCUAAGAUUAAGGAGUAUGAACGGAAGACUUCGCAGUCUGAGUCUGACACGGAGAGAUCUUAUUCAGGCAGAAGACGAAAGCCUAAUAAGAAGUAUCUGGAGGAUGCUUACUCAAGUCCGAGCAGCAGCAGUGGGUUCGCUUUUAGGACUGAUGAUAGUCAGUCUGAGGAGGAAAAAAAGGAGGUUGAGAAGCCGGUGGUGGUUAAGAGGAAGAGAGGAAGACCGCUGGGGUGGAAGAAGAAUAAGAAUAAUAAAGUUUCUGAGGUUAGGGAGCCGUCUGUUGAGUUUGAAUUGAGUGAGACUCUGGAUAGUGUCAGUGAGGAAAUUACUGAGGCUGUGGAGGUUAAGGAGAGGGUUAUUGAUCCUGUUGAUAGUCUGGAGGGUUUUGAGGAGGUUAAGGUGGAUAAGGAGGACAAGGAAGGGAGGGUUCAUUUGACUAAUUUAACUUCUGCGGUGGAAAUUAGGAGUGUUCUUAAGGAAGAUCUGGUUGAGAUUGAUAUUGAGGAUCAGAUUGGGCCAGUUGCGCCUGAAGCUACUCCCGUUGAUGAUUAUAAUGAGUCCCAGACUCAGGAUCAGGUUGAUAGGGCUAAGCUAAUGAAUGAUCUGGAGGAUCAGGAUGAUGAUGCGAGUGGAUUUAGUGAGAAGGUGGAGAUUUUACCGCCGAAAAAGUCGCAAAUUAAGAAGUUUGAGUUGUCCCAGAUUGAUGAGUCGCAGAUUGAUUUGGAGAAUGAGAUUAAGAAGCAUGUUGAUGAGGAGGCGGGGUUGGGAGAGAAACCAAAGAUUGAGGGGGAGGGGAUGGAGGACGAGGGAGAAGAGGAGGAUGAAGAAUUAAAACCAACGACUUUAAUUGAAGAACCAGUGACUAAUUUAGAAACAAUUGAAGCUUUAGAAGAACCAACAAAGCCAGAUGCCCAAUUUUCAGAACCAGUUCUGGAAGAGCCAGAAAAAAUAGUCAAACUAGUUUCAUCACCCGGACCAAUGAUCGACGAAUUAGAAUCAACAAUUCCCGUAAAAAAGCGUGAGAAGCCCCGAAUAAUCGAGAACGUCCAGCUAAAAGAGCCGAUGCACAUUUUAAAAUCAAAGUUGCUUGAAAAGCCCAAAGGAAAGCACAAGCUAGAUGACCAUCGUCUUGGAUCCAAAGCUAAGAUAAUAAAACUAGACCCCAGCAUCAAGCGAAAGGGUGGGAUGUCCUACGGGCAGAAGAUCCAAGUUUUAAAAGCAGCUGAUGCAAAUGAUAAAUUACAAAUUGGGCAGCCAGAGACUGUGGAGACUAUUUCAAUCGCAGAGGGGCAGAAAUUGAUCCAGUCUUCUAAUUUGGAAGGCAUGGAGCUUGACAUCAACUCAAUGCCAUUUGUGUUAAGCGAAGAUUUGACUCCGGACAGCAUUGAGCAGAUGCCCAUGGUAAUUUCUUCGAUAAUGCCGACUAGCUCAGGCUUAAGAGCUGCUGCCCAGUCUUUACCGCGGGCAGCGCCAGCUCUGGCUCCGAUAACUUCUGAUAUUGAGACGAUAACUGUAGACGCUAGUCCUAAGAAGAAAGCUUCUCCCGCUAUUUUGAAGACAAAGCCCAAAGCAAAGCCUACAAUUACAAGCAUAAAGACUCUCUCUUCACCCGUUGGAGGGAUCAAGAGCCUUAAAUUCCAGAAUACUAAGACUUCUCCGAUGGUCAGCCAGAAAAACACUCCUAGCAAGUAUGUGAUUGUCCAGGCAGGAGCCGGUGGGCAGCAGAUGAGAUAUAUGAUCCAAGGAAAGCCGACGACAAAAGUCGCGAAGGUUGCUGCUCCUCUGGGAAAUAAACCAUCGACUAACCCUCAAAUUGUGUCCCAGGGUGGCAAAGUUGUCAUUCUUACGUCACCGCAGUCUGGCCAAGCGAAGGUGGUCCCGUUUAAAAAUUCGUUAAUCAAGGGCCAGGUUAAGAUGCCCAAAAUAGACUCGCCUACUACUUCAAAGUCUCCUAAAAUAGUCACAAGUUUACUGGGCAGCAAGUCUAUUGUCGGAAGUCCCAAGACUAUUUUAAGCCCCAAGCCUGGCCAAGUUUACACUCCGAGUAAUUUACUCCCCGGAACUUCUAAAACAAUUUUACCAAUGCCCGGAAAAAUUACUGGAGUAGUUCCUGGAAAGGGAACGGUGCUGACUCCUAUUACUGGCCAACAGGUGAAAGCUAUUGCUGCUAAGAGUCCAGGAAAGCCUGGGCCCAAGGUGACAUACCAGCUGCAAAAGGGGCUGCCCAUGGUGGCCAAAAUGCAGAAGAUUCCCAUCAGCCCUGCUGGCUCUCCGGUCAGAAAUUCAAAACCCACGGGCAUCGUGAUGACCCAGAAGACUCCGCUGCCCACUAAGAAGCUCAUCAGGCCCGCUGGACCUCCGGGAACAGGGAUGCCCAUGGGCAGCCCGGUUCAGGGAGUCGACAAAAUUGUAAAGUCGCCUAGGGGGCGAGGAAGGACGAAACCCGAGAUUAAACCCCAGGUUAAGAGUCUCCCAAAGAUUAAGUCUAAAGAAUUCACUGGGCAGCUGGCUCCUGGGUCUCCUGGGCAGCCUGGCCAGCCUGGCCCUUCUAAUUCACUGCCAGUUCCCGGGCUAGUUCCAACAGCAACAGCUGGACCUUCGGUAGCAGCAACGGAGAAUCUGGAGGUUCUUGAGCAGAAAGAGGAGAAGGCUGCCCCUCAGAUCAUGGCGCUGCCCACUGAAAGCAGCGAUGGGACUCAGACUUAUGUGCUAGUGACUAUUGACGACCAGGGGCAGAUCCAGCCGCUGGAUAAUAAUACUCUGAUGUCUUUAGAGGGAACUAUACAGAACCCUGAUGGAACUAGGACGCUUUAUAUUGAUCCAGCUUCGUUAGGUGAAGGAAAUCUGGACAAUAUUGUCCUCCAGUUUGACAAUUCUGCCCCUCCAGGACCUCCAGCUGGAGCUUCAAGUUCCAGUGAUUUUGUUAGACAAGUUCCGACGACGAAUCAGGACAUUUUAGCAGCUGCGCUGGCCAAUACUGACUUCCAGCAAGAAAUUCUGCCCGAGACUACAGUGGGCAGCUUGACCGCCGGACUGACCGCGACUAGUUUAAUCAACCAGACUAUUUUACAGUCGACUAUUAUACCGACCUCAGAGCCAAUUUCUUCGCCGUCGGUCUUGGAGACUUCUUUGACGCUCAAUCAACCAAUUAUGACUCCGCUUGAAGUGCCCACGAGUCUGCCCAUUCAAGUUGACGCCGUUGCUGCCCACUCUGCUCCUAACUUGGAGAUGCCCAUUACGAUGACCAAUCCUGCGAUUACGUACAUCCAGAGCGAGCUUCCCGGGAAUUCUAUGCCGGAUAUUGGGGAAGUAGAAGCGCCAGUGGCCAGCGCGGAGAAUUAUUUAGUGCUGCCCAGCAGCGAGGGCCAGAAUUAUGCGGUUUCGAUGGCGGAAAAUAUUACUAUCGAUAGCACUGCGCCCACUCCCUCGAUGCCCAUUAUUGAUGAUGGGUUUAGUGAUGAUGUUAAGGGGCAGCAAGGGCAAGUGUUUGAAGAAGCUGCCCAGGAACAAAGUGGGGAGGUGAGAGAUAUGCCCAUUGUUGCUGAUGAAACUUCUAUGGAGGUUGAUCAUGUGGAGAGUGAGGUUCAGGCGCCAGUUGAGGAGACUCUGGAGAAGAUUCAGGAGGUUCAGCAGGAACAGGUUCCUGAAGCUUGUGGACUUGGGAAAUCAGAGCCUUCUCAAUCCUACGAGCCAUCUUCGGAGAUUCCAACACAGUCUAAAUCUCAAUCAACAGAAGCCUCACCAGUAGCCUACGAAGAGGCGAUGGUCGAAGAGUCUGAGCCACCGACUCAAUCCUACGAUGACGUAAAAGCCGAAGCUACGCAGUCUUACAACGUUCCAACGCAGUCCUUCUCCGAGGACCCGGCGAGGAUCGACGACCCGGACUUCCCGACGCAGAGCUACGAAGUAGAGAAGCCAGACAACGUCGACGGAGACGGCAUCAUCGAGACUGACGGUGAACUCAGUCAAGAAGGCAAUAUUCCCUCCCAGUCGAAUGAUAUUGACGGGAUUGGAACCUCGUUCAUGGGAGACGACAGGAAUUCUUGCAACAUUGCUGGAACUGCCAGCGGAACUGGUGCCAACUUUAAUGAAGACGAGACAGCGAGCUCUUCUUACGUUCCCGAGACUCCGGAGACUCAGGAACGAGACCAGGAUCAAGAGAGUGCUAUUAGCACUUCUUCUUACGAAAUUCCGACGUGUGAAGAAAUCAACAUCGCUUCCUCUAGUGUCAUUCCUGACACUAGUGUCGAUGCUGAGCACACGAGCAUUCACAACAACGGAGUUCCAGAGAUCCCGACUUCAAGUUACAAUCUCAACCCUGACAGCAGCUCUGGGGGCAGCAUUGAUGCUGUGCCCAGCUCCAGCUACGAGGACAAUCAAGUUGAAAGCGUUGUCGAGCAGAAUGUCUCCACCAGCUACCAAGUUCCUAUUUCCAUGCCUGGCUUAGAAGGGAACGCUGGAUUUGAUACAUCAGAAGCAACGCAAAGUUACUUCGUACCUGAGGGACCAAGUCCAAGCUACCAGCCUCAAACAGCAUCCCCAAGUUACUACGAGCCACCUCCAGAAUCCGAAGCAACUCAGAGCUACUACUCCCAAGACCUAGAGCAGCGUACAGCAGACGUGGAGCAAUCGGCGUCGCAAAGUUACUACCAAGAAUCAACAACCUCGUCGUCGUCGGGUUCAACCCUGACCUCGUCCUCGGCAACGACCACCGCGGCAGCGACGACCACCAACGACGAAGAACUGAGGCUCGGACAAGUCGGAGAAGCAACUCCGACUUACUCCACAGAAAGAUACCCAGUUGAUUACAACAUCGACAACUCAUCGCCUAUCGACAGGCACGACUUGGUUGAGAGCUCCGUUUCUGCUACGCCCCAACCUACUGAAAGUUUAUAA